CUCCAAACACCAAAGAGUUGUUUGUUCUAAAAAAGUCAAGAAAAUGGGAAUCAUAGUUCCAGUAUUGACCCUUGUUUUCCUCUUGCUUACCACAAUGAGCCAUGCUGCCUUCAAACCGAGGAUGAUUCUGGUUGGUGGAUAUGUUGGGGCGUGGAAGGUUCCAGAUUCUCCCAGCAACACUCUCAAUCACUGGGCUGAGGCAAAUCGUUUCAAAGUCGGCGACGUUCUUGUGUGGAAUUAUGACGCGAAAGUGGAUUCGGUGUUACAAGUGACAAAAGAAGAUUACGAUAGUUGUAACACAGCAAAGCCCUUGAAGCAGUUCAAUGAUGGAGACACAAAGUUCAAGCUAGACAACUCAGGAGCUUACUUCUUCAUCAGUGGUGCUCCUGGAAGCUGCACUAAAGGCGAGAAGAUUCAUCUUGUUGUUUUGGCUGAACGCAGUAAUCCUGGUGGCGGUAGCGGUGAGGGUGGCAGUCCUGUGGUUUCUCCUGUUAGUAGUCCACCGGCGCUUUCAAGUCACGCUCCAGCUCCAGCUCCAAACGCUGCGGUUGGAUUGAAGGUUGGAAGCGGUUUGUUCUUGACCGCGUUUGCGAUUGGUUUGGCUAUGGCUUAGAGGCAUUGAUCGAGAGA